AUGGCUCUUCUCAACCCCCUCCCCACCUACAUUACCUAUCAUCUCCUUUCUGUUGACACUGAUGGUCCCUGUUCUCCCGCAUCCCCCACAUCCCGCUGGUGUGAAAAUGUGAGUACUGCUCGAUUUCAUCGACUACUCACAUGUUUUACUUAACCCCGUCACCAUCUUAAUGUACUGACCUGAUAAGAAUUCAUCGGAAUCAAACGCCUGCUAGCCAAGCAGUCUUCUGAAUUUGAUUAUUCUCGUUCGUGGCCAAUGGAACGGACCGGAGGUAUUACGCUAGAGAAUCUAAAUCACCCGCUCACCUGAACAAGGAGUCCGGGUUCAACCCUCGGUUUUUCCGGGCUUGAGUUGAAGCGUUAUUGGCUGUUGAUGGCAAAUAACUCAGCGAUGGUCGCCCAAGCCUCCUUUAUCCUUGUCGCCAAUGAAGCGCUCUUGCUAUCUUAGUUUUUUACACAGAUCGUAUUUCCCUACCGUGUAAGAGACUGUUGGAGACGACAGUUCUGCAUCCUCUACUCUUUAUCGGAUGCGGGAAUUUGGUCUUAUUCUAUACGCCAUUAUUGACCACAAAGUCCAGCAGGCUUACCAGUUUCCCACUGAAUUUCCCUGUCCGGGUAACCGUCACUCGAAUCAACGUUGACCAGCUUCUUGGUUGUAUCCGCCCUCCUCAGCUGUGACCUUGAUAAGCGUGAAAGCGAUACGGCCAGCGGUGGCUCGGUAUAGGGUCAAUGUGAGAACAAGGAGCCGGGGGAGGGGAUUCUGCGAAACCGCCGGCUUGAAGUUGGAGAGUGGGCUGUAUGGAAUAAGGGGUCACAAUCAUCGGUAUAUUCUGCUCCAGAUAUUACAAUUUUUGGCGGUCUUUAGCCGACAACCUGUAAUACAUGCAUUAGAUUGGCCAUGUUGACCGGUGGCAUGUGCACCAGUUCAUAGAUUUUGCCGUACACCCGUUUAGCCCGCUCCGUAUCAGCCACCCCACCCCAUCUCAACAACAGUUAACCCCUAGGUCCCUGGAGCAUAGGGAGGAAGGAAGGAACAUGGGACUGAUAAAGUCUGAUUUGCUUAGUACUAUCGUCUCUGUUCAGCUGGGGAAGAGUUUGAGACGAUCACUGUUUGGGGUCUGGUGUGCGUGGUCAUACAUUAAAAAUUAUCUGAAUUCUAGGUAGUGUCUCCUCAUUUAGGGUCAUUCAGUCUGACUGGUCCUUCUGUUUCCAAGCGAAGGACAGUAUUCUUUUUCGGACUGUGAUAUUCAGUGACUCCACAAAACAAAGUAUCGAGCUGCGGACGUCGGAAAUUGUAAUCGAGCGUUCUGUGAACUGAAGGGACCGCUGCUGAUGAUUCGCUGUAUUCUGAAGUCUGAGACAACGACUAUCAUUCCUUCUUACUUGGUUGAAGGGUCCUUAUACAGCUGGCCGAGGACAUUUUGGUUGUGAAAUCUGACUGCAGAGGCGUUGUUCUAUUGCUUCUUACCCACUUCUCGAGAUCCCUAUGUGCGACCCAGGAGAUAUUUCGGUGUUAUUCAAAGGUAUUUUUAGUGCCGAUGGCCGUGAAUCACAGUUUGUUGGAUGCAGCAGGAGGUCCUGCAAUUUUUACGCCUUGGAGUCGGGUGGUCCACUUUGAAACAAACACUGCGACUCGUAUGAGAUUUCGCGUCAUCUGACACCGACUGGUCAUGUUAUUUUACCGCUAAUUCUUUGUGGCCCUUUGGUUCUUAGGUAUUGGCUGGCAUGCACCGCUCAUUUUUAUGCAAGCCCCUAAAUCGAUUCGCGUGGGUUACUUAUUUACAGAUAUCAGUAACCUACUCGCCGGAAAGAACAAACUCUACACGACCGCCGUACCGAUACAAACAAAGCGGCCUUCCACAGAUGUCGCUGCCUUGUGCAUCAACGGCUGCGGAAGAUGCAGGACGCCUGGUUAGUUCGCAACACCGAGGAAGUCCAAGAGUAUGCUGACCGCAGUGGAACAAAGGAUUUCUUCGUGCAAAUUAAGACGGUCUACGGCUGCACAGCCAAAGGAACAGUGUAGUUUCCCAACUCCUGCGGAUCAACACUUCACGAAGGAAUCGCUAAUUCUGAAUUGUUGAGUCGGGCACUUUAUAAUCGCCUCACGUUUCGCUGUAGAUUAAACCCCUCAAUCUAGUAACUCCUGUAUUUUCCUGCAGUGCGGGAUUUGGCCUGACGAUUGUAGCGUCCUGAGUAUUCUCGCUGCAUGGGUGCUACACGCCUUUGAGACUGUGGGCUGUGGAGAGUCACGCAGAAACUCGACUGUCCUGGGCGAUUCACGCACAUGGAGCGUCAGCUGCACGACAGGAUGAUUGCACGCGUCAUGGACAAUGGGACAGUCUCAGAAGCAUUUGCAGUGACUAAUGGAGCGAAUCGGGGUCGCGUACUCGUUCCCAUCCUCAAUUUCAUGUUCUCUGCUAUUCCGAUGAGCGCCAUGGGAUCAACACUUUCUACAGGACUGGCGGUCCCCUUCACAAUAGAAGGUUGAUGCAGGCCCUAACGCGUCUGCCCACGACAACUGUCACAGCCUGCCCCGUUCGCGGACGACUGUGCGUCCAACACCGUGACAGAACCGGAUGUUCAAUGGAGCAUGACUCUCUUCACAUCCGGCUGCGCAAACUUCGAGCUGACCAUAACCACGGACAAAACGGUUGUCGCCAUCAGCCGUUAUCCAACACCCUCGCAUCACGAUCAACAGCACUCAGUUCCAAACAGUGAAUAAAUUUACCUAUUUAGGCACCACAAUCAUGCUACACCUAAAUCAGCGACGAAGUUGCCCACUGGAUGUCCAAAGCAACUCAGUUCUUCGGCCGGUUGCAGGCCUCCGCCUGCAAUUGUCAUGGACUUCGACUCAACACGAAGCUCAGAAUACACAGGGCGUAGUCCUGACAAAGUUACCAUACGGGACUGAGACGUGGGCCGUCCAAACAAAUCAGACCAGGAAACUCACUCACCUCCACCCCAGUUGUUCCCAGAGAACACUAAAGCUGGGGUGGUUAGACCGGAUCUCGGACACGGCAGUCUUGGGAUGGACCGGAAUCCUCAGCAUCCAUGUCAUGCGGAGGCAACUAUAACAGCGCUGGAACGGUCACCCUGUGGGGCUGGACCACGGGAGCCUACCAGAGAGAGACUUCUGCGACGAAGACACAACGGGUGCUCGUCAAAACGAAGGACAUAAUCUAAAAAACAGUCGGCCGACCUCCGUAAAGGAUUUACAAAUCAGUCUGGUGACCUUGGAAGACCUCAUCCGGGACCGAUUGACCCGCAGAACAACAAAGACUGGAGCAGGCAUCUACGACGCCAACCGGAUAACCACUGAAAAAGCCGCAAGGGCGACUGGUGAGUCUCAAGCGUCGCAGACUGUCAGCCCAGACACCUUCACCACAUCCAACAUGCCCACACUGCCCACGAACAUUCUCCCAUUACCAAUGAAAACACUUUCGAUGCCUCGUCAUCCACUGCCCACACCACCACAUCCCCACUACCAGCAAGGUGGACUCUAUCCCAACCUCCCCACUGCGACCGCACGUUAAAUUCACGCAUCGACCUAGUCAGAAUCCGUAGCACCGAGACCGGCGCAACAGUGGCAGGAGCGCCUUCAAACCCACCGCACCCGUUUUACCUGUUCGCACUGUCCACUCACAUCCACUCACCGCAUGGACCUACUCGGACACUUGCGUAUUCAUGAAAACCUGCAGUAAAACAUCGUCAACCAAACCCCAUCACCACAUACCUUUUCAUCAGCAGAUACAACACACGUGCCCAUCCCUGAUCACUCACCACAAGCACAGAAUCGGCAGUUCUCAUGCAAGCGGUAAUCAUGGUUUUCGGGUCCUUCCUCAUGUGGCCCCUCUGCUACUCUAACUCAUGUGAGCUCCGAGUUGUCUGCCCCUUUGAGUGAGAUCUUGCUGAGUUAUUUCUGGCGGCAAGGUCAUGUGUGUGGCACGAGCAAGCGAGCUAUUUUGGCCCUGUAAGUUACCGCGCCCAGUCUCAGCGUCGUUUAGUGGACCGUCCCGGAUUAUCGACUGGUGUACGUCGUGGGGUAAAGCAAGUGUGGUCGACACUCUGCGCAUAUUUUUUACUAUAAACAAUCUGACGCGCUUGAAACUACAUCGGUACACUAGACUCCGGGGUGUAGGGGUGUCAGCGGUGGGUUCACGUAAUGGUCGUGGUGGUCGCUCACUUGCUUGCAGGUGAGACUGCGCCUAGCGUCCACUUGCUGGCACUCAACUCUCACAUGUGGCUCCACGUAGCUGGGCUCUGCUCAGCGGCCACACCCCGGGCAACCGUCUCGACCGGCGGGCUAAACCAGGCGAGGGGGGCCUGUGCGCUGUGCCGUGUGCACAGGGUUUGCGGAUUCCGCUGGAUGGAAGGUCGGAUGGAACCUUGCGUCGGCACCGUCGUGACGUGGUUCGUCUCUGCACGCCGCUGGACAGCCGGUGACGGGAUGGAUCUCCACAUCGACAUCUCCUUGACGCGCCCACCCUCGCCGACGGAGACCGCGGCUUACGUCGAAUUCGAGUCGCUCUCCACUACAACCCGAAGUCGUGGUCCCAUAGUGGAGUUCGACCGUGCCACAACGGCACAUGGCAGCCCUAUUCAGAGAUGGCACUGCCAGCCCCCACGAGGGGAAGGGCCUAGAAAAGGUGGCCUAAACAUUGCUGGGUACCACGCCGUCUCCAGGCUAGCCAGGGCCGCAGACGUCUAAACAUGGUCGAAACAAUCAAAAUCGAAACAACAACAAUACCAAUAACAACAACAACCAUACUCAUUCUCCUCAUCCUACCUCUUCUUCCUCUACCUUCGUCUAUUCUUCUGCCUAUUCUUCUCCUUCGUCAUCUUCUUCUCCAUCUCCUUCCCGUCGCCCCACUCGUUGUCACCAGACUGGCAGGGUGAGCCCGCUCACUCUGGCAGCCUGGAAUGUUCGUUCCCUUUUAGACAAUCCGAGGAGCAACCGACCGGAACGGAGGACGGCGCUAGUGGCACGAGAACUGGCACGCUACAAUGUGGACAUCGCCGCACUCAGCGAGACCCGUUUCUCCGCACAAGGCCAACUGGAGGAGGUGGGUGCCGGCUACACCUUCUUCUGGAGCGGUCGACCCAGGGCAGAGCGACGGGACGCGGGCGUCGCCUUCGCCAUUCGGAACGACAUCGUGGGGCGACUGCCCUGUUUGCCGCAGGGCAUCAACGAUCGCCUGAUGAGCCUCCGCCUGCCUCGCCGGGGAAGCAAAUUCGCCACCAUCAUCAGUGCCUACGCUCCGACGAUGACCAACCCCGACGCCGUCAAAGACAAAUUCUACGAGGACCUGCACGCCCUCUUGGCGACUGUGUUGAAGGCGGAAAAGUUGAUUGUCCUUGGCGACUUCAACGCCCGCGUCGGCACAGACCAUACUGCCUGGAGAGGAGUGCUGGGUCCCCACGGUCUCCGCGGCUCAAACGACAAUGGUCUGCUGCUUCUCCGCACCUGCGCAGAACACCGUCUCAUGCUGACGAACACGUUCUUCUGUCGGCCGGAGCGAGAGAAGGCCACCUGGAGGCAUCCUCGGUCGCGCCAGUGGCACCUGCUGGACUAUGUCCUCGUCCGAAGACGUGACCAGCGGGACGUGCUGGUGACGAAGGCGAUCGCGGGUGCUGACGGGUGGACCGACCAUCGCCUCGUCAUCUCGAAGAUGCGUAUUCGCCUACAGCCUCGCAGGAGACCACAAGGUAAGCGACCCCCAGGUAAGCUAAAUGUUGCCUUGUUGUCUUUGCCCGCUCACCACCUUCGUUUCAGCAAUGAGCUAGCUCAACAGCUAGACAACCUUCCUAUCGUUGCCGCCGACGACGCCGCCGCCGCUGCCGAGAACGCCUCCGUGGAGAACCGCUGGUGUCAACUGCGAGACACGGUCCAGUCGACGGCGCUCGCCGUCCUCGGUCGCGCUCCCCGCCAACAUCAGGACUGGUUCGACGACAACGACGCCGCCAUCAGAAAUCUGCUAGCUGAGAAGAACCGCCUCCACAAAGCCUACGUAGAUCACCCCACUGAGGACAACAAAGCUGCCUUCUACCGCAGUCGCCGCCAACUUCAGCAACGACUGCGCGAGAUGCAGGACGCCUGGACUGCUCGCAAAGCUGAGGAGAUCUAA